GUGUGAUUGGUCCACAGCUCAGGCGCAGUAGCCAGUGAGCACACUCUUGGUCAGCAGCGAGGGCAAUAUGGCUUCCUGCACCUGGUGAAUUUGGCACCAUGGAGAAAUCGCGGGGAACUGAGGAGACGCCGUCUUCAGAGCCAAUGGAAGAAGAGGAGGAGGAUGACUUGGACCUCUUCGGGGGCUACGACAGCUUCCGAAGUUACAACAGCAGCGCAGGCAGUGAGAGCAGCUCCUAUCUGGAGGAGUCGAGUGAGGCGGAGAAUGAAGACCGGGAAGCCGGGGAGCUUCCCACCUCACCUCUGCAUUUGCUCAGCCCUGGGAACACCCGCUCCCUGGAUGGAAGUGGUUCUGAGCCAGCGGUCUGUGAGAUGUGUGGUAUCGUGGGCACAAGAGACGCUUUCUUCUCAAAGACCAAGAGGUUCUGCAGUGUCUCGUGUUCCAGGAGCUACUCCUCCAACUCCAAGAAAGCCAGUAUCUUGGCCAGACUGCAGGGAAAGCCACCCACCAAGAAAGCCAAAGUGCUACACAAGGCAGCCUGGUCUGCCAAAAUUGGAGCCUUCCUCCACGCCCAGGGGACAGGACAACUAGCAGAUGGGACACCCACAGGACAAGACGCUCUGGUCUUAGGGUUCGACUGGGGAAAGUUCCUGAAGGACCACAGUUACAAGGCCGCUCCUGUCAGCUGCUUUAAACAUAGUGCAUGGUGUGUGACGUUAGGUGCUGAGGACAGCACGGCUCAGGCCUGCGGCUCCUCCCAGCCUUCAACGCUCUCAUCACCACAGGUGCCCCUCUAUGACCAGUGGGAAGAUGUCAUGAAGGGGAUGAAGGUGGAAGUCCUCAACAGCGAUGCUGUGCUCCCCAGCCGGGUGUACUGGAUCGCCUCUGUCAUCCAGGCGGCUGGGUACCGAGUGCUGCUUCGGUAUGAAGGCUUUGAAAAUGAUGCCAGUCAUGACUUCUGGUGCAACCUUGGGACUGUGGAUGUCCACCCCAUCGGGUGGUGUGCCAUCAACAGCAAGAUCCUGGUGCCUCCACGGACCAUCCAUGUCAAGUUCACUGACUGGAAGAGCUACCUCAUGAAGCGGUUGGUGGGCUCCAGGACGCUUCCUGCAGAUUUUCACAUCAAGAUGGUGGAAAGCAUGAAGUACCCCUUUCGGCAGGGCAUGCGCCUAGAGGUGGUGGACAAGACCCAGGUGUCACGGACCCGCAUGGCUGUGGUAGACACAGUCAUUGGGGGUCGCCUUAGGCUUCUCUAUGAGGAUGGUGACAGUGAUGACGACUUCUGGUGCCAUAUGUGGAGUCCCCUGAUUCACCCAGUGGGUUGGUCCCGGCGUGUUGGCCAUGGCAUCAAGAUGUCAGAGAAACGAUGUGACAUGUCCCAUCACCCCACCUUCCGGAAAAUCUACUGUGACGCUGUUCCUUACCUCUUCAAGAAGGUCCGAGCUGUCUACACAGAAGGUGUCUGGUUUGAGGAAGGAAUGAAACUAGAAGCCAUUGACCCUCUGAAUCUGGGCAACAUCUGUGUAGCAACCAUCUGCAAGGUCCUCUUGGAUGGUUACCUGAUGAUCUGUGUGGAUGGGGGGCCCUCCACAGAUGGCUCAGACUGGUUCUGCUACCAUGCCUCCUCCCAUGCCAUCUUCCCAGCCACCUUCUGCCAAAAGAAUGACAUUGAGCUCACACCCCCAAAAGGGUAUGAGACCCGACCGUUUGACUGGGACACCUACUUGGAGAAGACCAAGUCAAAGGCAGCCCCUGCAAGACUCUUUAACAUGGACUGCCCCAACCAUGGCUUCAAGGUGGGCAUGAAGCUAGAGGCUGUGGACUUGAUGGAGCCCCGGCUCAUCUGUGUGGCCACUGUGAAGCGGGUGGUGCAUCGGCUCCUUAGCAUUCACUUUGAUGGCUGGGACAACGAGUACGACCAGUGGGUAGACUGCGAAUCCCCGGACAUCUACCCUGUGGGCUGGUGUGAGCUCACCGGCUACCAGCUCCAGCCUCCGGUGUCUGCAGAACCAAACACACCUCUGAAGGGCAAAGAGGCCACAAAGAAGAAAAAGAAGCAAUUUGGGAAGAAAAGGAAAAGGGUCCCGUCAGCCAAGACUCGUCCCGUCAGACAGGGCUCCAAGAAGCCCUUACUGGAGGAUGACCUGCAGGCCUUGGGGGUCUCAUCGGAGCCUGUUUCUGAUGACAUCAUUGCUGUGUGUGUGAAGGAGGAGCACCAGGACAUCUCCUCGCCUGACCGGUCACCCAGUCCACAGCUGCCUCUCCCCAUUGAGAGCAUCAAGCAGGAGAGGGACAACUGAGCCAUCCCUAGUGCCAGUCUGGAGGCCUGGCUUCACUGCUGCACACCGAAAGGACAGCCUGGUCUUCUAGGCCCACCUCUGCCCACUGGCCAGGCUUGUGGGCUGGGCAGCUCGAGGUCUAAGCUGGUCUGUUCACUGCAUCCUCAGCACACUGGAAAACUGGACUGCCCCCACGUGUUCACCCAGGGAAGUGGAGGAAGUAAUGUUACAGAGCAGCCGUGAGCGGGCAGCCCUGGCAGGCUCUGGGUGGGAAUGAGGCCACCUCUGCCUAAGACAACUUGAGGACCUCUGCCUCCUGGGGUGCCCUGCCCUGCCUAGCGCCCUGAGGCCCUGCUGUGGCAGGUAAUCAGGAGCGAAUGAGUGAAUGGCCUUGACCUCAGGGUUGACAGGAACACUGACUUCUUUCUUAAGCAAUUACUUGUAGGGACCUUGGGCCAGGCUACUUGCUGCCAAGUACAGGAUCCUACAGUGACUUGGCCCUGGGGAUCCUGCUUCUGGAGAGCCUGGCUGGUGUUGGACCUAGCAUUUCCAUUUCCCUGCCUUGGUCGGCCAAGUCACUGCUCAGCUCGCAUCUUUACCUCAAGUUUGAGCUUUUGUUUUUCCCAGGCACACUUUUUGUUGUGGGUUUUGUUUGUUUUGGCUUUGUUGUUUUUGUUUUUGGAGACAGAAUCUUUCUGUGUAGACCAGGUUGGCCUCUGACUCAGAGAUCUCCCUGCCUCUGUCUCCUGAGUGCUAGGGUUAAAGGAGUGCACCCGGCCCCAGUUAAACACUCUAGAAACUAGUCAUCUAGCCCUCCGGGAACAUCCAGGAAAACCAGUGGGGCUCCUGCAGUCGGCCGUUUCUGUUUCUCUGUGUUUUGGAGAAGCAGUGUGGCCGUGGCUCCGUGUCCUGUCGUGGCUGUGCUGUGUUGCACAGCCGCCUUUUGUGCUGGUCAGUCUGCACCGUCAUCCUGACAUGUGCUCCCUGGCUUUGCUCAGGACCUAGGCUGGGUUCAUCCCUGAGGUGGCGUGUGAGUGGCCAGUCUGUACAGACUGGGAAGGUCAGGAGAGAACUCAGCCCUGACAGAGCCCACCCUGUGCAGAACCUAGGUGAGAGAGGCGUUUGUCACAGCCUGAUUUCCUCAAAGGGUAAAUAGGUCUGGAAGUAGAUGGAAGACCACAGCAAAAGGCAGGUUCAGUUCCCAGUAUCCACUCAUAAGCACCUGUCACUUGAGCUCCAGGGGGACCUGCACCUGUCGUUUCCAUGGGUACAAUGUAUAAUUUGUGUAGAUGUACAUAUAAAUGUGUAAUUAAAAAUAAAAUCUUUCAAAAAGAAAUAUGAGGUGAGUGGGCAUCAGGCGCA